UGUCAUGAUGCUCAUGAACGCGUUUCCAUUCAGCCGGAUUAUUAUUGUUAUUCGCGAUUUCACUACGAAGUUAAUCAUUUUCAAUUGAAAGUAAAAAGUGUUUACGACCUCAUCUGAAUCAAAGUCAUCAACUGUCGCAUCAGCUCAUUUACUCGAAUUCGCAUAAAUGCACCGUUCUGUUGUUCUUCAGGUGAACAGUUCUACAUCGUUCUCCUUUUCCGUGAUUGAUUUUCAAUACGAGCCGGUCCCAAUUGUAUUUUCUGGAACGAAAUUCAAGCCGAUACACCAGGUUAAGCUAAUAAAUCUGCAGUCUUGGAUACGAGGAACGUCCACAUCUACUAAACAAUGAAUGAAGAGAGGAACCCUAAUAUAUUAUCCAGAGACAGGGUAAUUUUAGCAUGUGUACCAGUACUCACACCAGGAUCAGUGCUUCAGUUUAAGGUUGUUUCUCAAGAUCGCACGAUGUAAUGAUUACUUAUUCACAUAUACAGGAUACGCAACAGGGUCCGCAUGAGAAGAGAUUGCUCAACAACCUGCUUGGCGUCUACAACGUUCUCGAGAGGCCUGUAGCCAACGAGUCGGAAGCAUUGGAAGUUAAGUUCGGCCUAACAUUGCAGCAAAUUAUAGAUGUGGACGAGAAGAAUCAACUCCUAAUAACAAAUAUUUGGCUUUCUUUGGAAUGGAAUGACUAUAACCUCCGUUGGAAUGAAUCCGAAUAUGGAGGUGUCAAAGAUUUGAGAAUAACUCCGAACAAACUUUGGAAACCCGACGUUCUCAUGUAUAACAGUGCUGAUGAGGGUUUCGAUGGGACAUACCAAACAAACAUUGUGGUCAAACAUAACGGCAACUGCUUGUACGUCCCUCCGGGGAUCUUCAAGAGCACAUGCAAGAUAGACAUUACGUGGUUCCCAUUCGACGAUCAACACUGUGACAUGAAGUUUGGUAGUUGGACCCAUGACGGUAACCAGCUUGAUUUGGUUCUCAACUCUGAAGAUGGAGGAGAUCUUUCCGACUUUAUCACCAAUGGUGAAUGGUAUCUUAUUGGUAUGCCCGGAAAGAAGAACACCAUCGUGUAUCAAUGCUGUCCAGAACCGUACGUGGAUGUGACAUUCACCAUUCAAAUUCGAAGACGUACCUUAUACUACUUCUUCAACCUCAUAGUUCCUUGCGUGCUGAUCUCGUCGAUGGCGUUACUUGGAUUCACCUUACCGCCAGAUUCUGGGGAGAAAUUAACACUAGGAGUGACCAUCUUGCUCUCAUUGACUGUGUUCCUGAACCUAGUGGCAGAAACCUUGCCUCAAGUAUCUGACGCCAUUCCUUUGUUAGGCACCUACUUCAAUUGCAUCAUGUUCAUGGUAGCUUCAUCAGUUGUUCUGACGGUAGUAGUCCUCAAUUAUCAUCAUCGAAAGCCAGAUAUUCACGAAAUGCCACAGUGGAUCAAGACAGUUUUUCUACAGUGGCUCCCUUGGAUAUUACGAAUGAGUAGGCCUGGUAAAAAAAUAACUAGGAAAAGUAUUCUGAUGAAUAGUCGUAUGAAAGAGUUAGAACUGAAGGAACGUUCCUCGAAAAGUCUGCUGGCUAACGUACUGGACAUCAACGAUGACUUCAGAAACGUGUCUGGCGGCAACAACUCCUCCAUGACCACAAGUCUCGGUGGCGGUUUCUUGAGACAGCCGACAACAAUAGAAGAUGCAGCUAUGCCGAACACUGGAAGCCAACGCGACCUCCAGCACAUCCUGCGCGAAUUGCAGUUCAUCACCAACCGCAUGAAGAAGUCUGACGAAGAGGCAGAGGUGAUAAGUGACUGGAAAUUUGCCGCCAUGGUGGUUGAUCGGUUUUGUCUGAUCAUAUUCACAAUGUUCACUAUAAUAGCUACUGUAUUUGUUCUUCUAUCGGCACCACACAUAAUAGUGCAAUAGGAUAAGGCAGUAUGGACACUGAAAGACUCCCUUAUGCUCGAAGCCAUCAGUCUUCUGCUCUAACGUGGGAGGGGGGGAGGCAUAGGUGUGCAGGCUACUUUGCAUUACGUUGCUCUAAGUAAAAAGGUCGAUCGUUUUGAUUAUCUAACGAAUACAAUCAAACUUUGUGGAUUCGUAAUCAAUUAUUGUACCUAUUGCAUAAUCAAUUGUAGUUUUAAAGCGUAUUUAAUCAAGAACAUGGCCUUCAGCAAACGGAUGCCUCGAUCCAAUGAAGGACUCACAAUUCAAUCCAAACUUUACACAAUACACUCAAUAUACACAUCUACACGCUGACCAAAACGGAUCAGCAUUUACUACCAGAAGAAAUUAAACCUUAUUUCUACAUGAAGACCAAUUAUACACCUUGAUACUUUAACCAGACAAUAGUAGCCUUAUUAGCAUCGAGUCAAUUACUUCGGCAACCAUUGGUUGUAGUUUUUAUUCCUUGUUACGAAAUAUCUUUCUAAAAACAUUCCGAAUGAUAGAUAAAUGAUCUUAAACCAUUAGUGAUAAACUGGAAUCUACAACUCCUUCAUCACUGUUCUUCCAACUCCAGUUGAGUUGCUCCACAGUGCAGGAAGAGCCACUCAACUACAGAAGAGCAAGGUUGAAAUAAGCGAGUUGUGCUUUUUUUAUAAAUUAAAAAAAUAAUAGACUUUGAUUGCGGUCGAACGUUUGGGUUGGCCAUGUUCGAGGAUUCUCCAUUAAAAUGUUGUUUAAAAACAUGACCGAAGUAAGAGUUGCUUAACUCUUUGACAGUAAAAAAAAAAUAUACACGUGCAGUCGUGGUGAACAAUUAGUAUAAAACGGUGUGUCAGAUGUACCACACUCUGAUUCUUUGUGUAUAUACAGAUAUUUCAUUCAGUCGAUUAAAAUUAAAUGUAGGACGUAUUUAAAAUGAGCUUCGUGGAUGGAUGAAAUGGAAGUUAGAUGGAAUUUAGAUAUGUAUAUCGUGGUAAUGUUCUUUAUACUUUUAUAAUGCAUAUUUCAUUCGUUAGUAUAUUGUUAAAUUGUUGUAACAUAUUCCAACUGCUAAGCAGUUUUUUGUUGGGAACAAAUUUAAUGUAAGUCUGUAAGCAGGUAGGAACGACCUUUUUCCUUAGCCAAUAGAAAAUCAACGACAACAAUUGAAUGGUCUCGAAAAUCUACAUUGGGUACCUGAACUCUGGUGUGGGGUAUUAAAAAGAGGAAUGUUCGUUAGCCCCCUGUAAGAGUCCACUUAGAUGAUAUAAUUGUGAUCAACUGGCAAGUUAACUGAUGAAGAAAACCUUUAAUGAUCAGUUAUAGAUUAUUAUUAGUAUAAAUAUAAUAUAUAUUGAAUGAUCCGUAUUUGCGGGUUAGAGACGCUCUAAGGCGCCCGUUUUGUACUCGGUCAUCGUCCUGGUCAAGUUGGCGGGCAACAAGUCAAGCCGGUCGAAAAAGGACUGUCGCCCGGUUACUACCAGAGGACGCAAAAAGCUGUGCGAUGACUUGUGCUCGGCUCAAUUUUACAUUGCUCACAAUGAUGAUUUGAGAAGAAUGAUGUUGUCUUCCUAUUAUUACUCAUUUCGUAUAGUGUUUUUUAAACAUUCAAGCCUAGCACAUGUCAGAAUCCAUUUUAUAUCACAUAAACAUUUUUAAUAUCAUAUUCGAAAUAAAUUGCAACUUUGUAAACCGGUAUCGGUUAGGUGAUACAACAUUGUCCUAAAUGAAUAACAUCUCUUAUCACAUUUUCGAUAAAUUUUAGGAAUUUCUUUCGGCAUAUUUCGGAAAUACCUAAAAAAAAAACAGCAUUGAAUCGAUCACAUAUCCUUUGGCAGACUAAGGAAUUGCUCACUACUGCAGAGGUAAAGACUAUUUCGCUGACGAAGGUAUUGCUUCUUUGAAACCAGUAUCCAGACAACUAUUCAAAAAUGAUCAAGAACGAACAAUUGAAUACCUAUUCGAAAGCUCUAGAAUUCGCAAAUUGCAUUGUCCACUUUCAUUAGUUUAGAUCGUCGUCAUAAUAGUCGAUCUUUAGUCAAACUAUAUCAGUAAUACUAGAGUUUAUAUCCAUGAGCUUAGUUUUGUUCUAAAAACCAACUGCUCAGAUAAAUCCAAUUUUGCUACCAUAUUUCCUAAUGAAAACUCAAAUCGUGUCCGCUGAAAAAGCAACUAGGAAAUUAAAACAUUGACUGUCAAAUAUGGAUAGUAUGUUUUUUGAGAUCUUUAUUUGUAGCCUGUAACCCCAAAAAAUAUCAUUGUAUUCGUUUUUGCUGCCAUGUAUUGUUUUGUCAUAUGUAUAAUCAUUCAUUGUGGAAGUUAUGUCGAAAUAAAUCAAUAUUUUGCA